GGUAGAUUUAUUUUUUCAGGCGCAGGUUGAUGACGUGUUUGACGAUAGCUGGUGCUUUCUCAGGCAGUUCAUCUGAAAAAAGUGACAACAUAGGCUUCUGUAUGGCAGUGUUUUCUGGAUGCAAAUGAAAUAAUAAGUUUUUUAAAAAAUAUACAGGCUACGUUUUUAUUAAUCUCACGAUGUCUUGGGUCAGAGCUGUUUCGAACAGCGGGGAUGUGUUUGAUGAGAAUGCGGACGAACUUAGUUUGCAAAGUAAAGAGUGGGCAUCCAACAUGAAGAAGCGAGUUAAGGACGGAUAUGUGGACGGAGUGGAUGCCGGGGAGGAGGCCUCGCUUCAGGCCGGCUUUGACCUCGGGUUUCGGGAAGGAUCAGCUCAGACUGUGGCUGUGGGCCGGCUGAAAGGAAUUGUAAGUGCUAUAUGGUGCUGGUGCCAGAUCCAGCAUCCGGAAAGCCCCCUGCCAGCCUCUGUAACCCACCUCCUGCAGCAGGUUUCCCAGCAUGAAGACACAAUUAUGGAGGGAAUUAGGAACGCUUUGGAGAAUCCUCCUCCCAGUGUGAGCGCAGUCUCUGAGAGCAUGGAGGAUCUGGGGGUGGAGCAGGCAGAUUCAGGACGCUGUGGAGGAGAGGGAUGUAAAGACUGCUGUAGGACAGGAGAAAAAAUGGACCAGGAUGUCCCUCAGCAGCCACAAAAGCUCUGUUCAGGUUCUACUGACUGCUCGUCCCGCUCUAGAGAAACCCUGAACUACCUCCUGCAGUGCUGCGUGGACCUGGUGGCAGAGCUGGGACUGCCACAGGAGCUGGUCAGUCACAUACAGGAGCUGAACAACGUGUAGGGUUCAGAAAUCAGACACAGCAGUUUAGUACAAAACUUGGAUGAGCACAUGAACUUUGAAGUAAAUUGGAUUUUUUUGAAGUGCUUUUGAUGUAUAUAAUGUCAAAUUAAAUAUUGCAUUCAUCAUUUGUACAACAUGGCUAGAAUGAAAAUAAAAAUAUGUAUUUUGUAUUUUUCUGCAGCUUUGUUCUCAAUACCAAAUGGGUUGCCCAUCUUAAUGAAAAAACAACAUUCAUAUUCUCUCUUUAA